AAAAUAUAUUGAAUGUAGUGGACUCCUAAAUGUUUUCAACACGGUAGUGUAGUGGCAAGGUUAAUGCAUAGUUGGUACUUAGUAGUACCUAGUAUACCCACGUGCAUCGCACCCUAGUAAGGUGAUCUCCCGGGAAUAUAUACCAGAUCGUACAGGUGUACUAUCGUGCACACGACCGCAUCAAGCGAAGCUUUACGUAAUGAGUGCUACGGAUGAACAGCCGUCAGCUGCGGCCUCUGUCAACGAAGACAACAGCAUGCAGCCUUCACCUGAACCUUCUGAAGGAUCUAAGUCGCCCGAGGUGGCUGUGGCCACUUCAGAGGAAGAGAAAGCCCGCAGAUUCGAAGCGUUGCUGGCCAAGUCAGAGACUUUCGCACAGUACGUCGAACAAGGCAAGGACGUAUCGCACUUCAGAAAGGCGAGCAAGAAUGGCGAGCUUAUAAACACUCCGUCUAAGGCCAAUGUUGUCCCGGGCGAUAGCAGACAUCGGAGAACUGAGGCGGAGGAGGAUGAAGAGCUAUUGCACCAAAAGGAGAAGGAGGUGUUCAUCUUCACAGAGUCCCCAAAUUACGUUGAGGGGGGCACCAUGCGUGAGUACCAAGUUCGAGGUCUCAACUGGAUGAUUUCCCUGUACCAGAACGGUAUCAGUGGUAUAUUGGCUGACGAGAUGGGUCUCGGUAAAACACUACAGACUAUCAGUUUGUUGGGGUGGCUGAAAAACUUUCGUCAUGUUAAAGGCCCGUUUCUGGUCAUUGUCCCCCUUUCCACACAACAGAAUUGGGUCAACGAGUUUGCACGCUGGGUGCCGUCGCUUGAUGUAUUCUGCAUCGGCGGAGCCAAAGAAGCACGCCAGCAAGCGGUCAAGGACAACAUGGGCAACGGAGAGCAGGGCGAUUGGGACGUUGUCAUCUGCUCGUACGAACAGACUAUUAAAGAAAAGGCGAGUAUCCGCAAGUUCAAAUGGGAGUACAUCAUCAUUGACGAGGCGCAUCGAAUAAAGAACGAAGACAGUUUACUCAGUAAAGUGCUCAGGGAGUUUACCAGCAAGCGUCGGCUGCUCAUCACAGGUGAGUGUAUGGAUCCUUUCAGAAUGGUCUUAAACUUUACAUAUGCGAUACAUUCCUUUGCAAUGAUCGAUAUAUUUGGGCAAUACCACAGUGCAAAACAAUGCCCCAAUGCCACCCUCCACGAUGAUACUCAGCUUCAUUUGUAUAAGGUACUCAAGCCAUUUUUACUCAGACGACUGAAAGCCGACGUAGAGAAGAGUCUGUUGCCCAAGAUCGAGACUAAGGUAUACGUAGGUCUCUCUGAAAUGCAGCUAACCUGGUACCGUAACAUUCUUAAGAAAGACGUGGACUUGCUACAGUCCAACGGCGCAAAGACAGGCAACAAAGUGCGCCUCAUGAACAUCCUUAUGCAGCUGCGCAAGUGCUCCAAUCACCCGUACUUAUUCGAUGGCGCCGAACCGGGACCCCCAUAUGAGAUAUACGACCUGCAACAUCUGGUCAAUGCCAGUGGUAAGCUGAUGGUGCUGGACAAACUCAUGGCAAAAUUACAGUCGCAGGGAUCACGUGUGCUGAUUUUCUCGCAGAUGACGCGCAUGUUGGACAUCUUGGAAGACUACUGUAUUUGGAGGAAGUACAACCACUGUCGGUUAGAUGGCAGCACAGCGCACGCAGAUCGACAGGCGAGCAUUGACGAGUUCAACAGAGAAGGCUCAGAGAAGUUUGUGUUCCUUCUGAGUACGCGUUCUGGUGGACUAGGUAUCAAUUUGGCCACUGCCGAUUCAGUUAUUAUCUAUGAUAGUGAUUGGAAUCCUCAGAUGGAUCUGCAAGCCAUGGACAGAGCACAUCGUAUCGGGCAGAAGAAGCAGGUACGAGUAUUCCGUAUGAUCACGGAUCAAACUGUCGAGGAACGUAUCGUUGAGAGAGCGGAGAUGAAGUUGCGCUUAGACGCACUGGUUAUUCAGAAAGGCCAGUUGUCCGGUCAGAAGAAACAGCUGGAUAAGGACGAGAUCUUCAAUAUGAUCAAAUGUGGUGCCGAUCAUGUUUUCAGAAUGAAAGACUCUACCGUUUCAGACGCCGACAUAGACGCGAUUCUCGAGGACAGUACCAAUCGUACCAAAGACUUCGAGGCCAAACUCAAGGCCGCUGGCAUGGAACAGCUGAAGCAAUUCAGUCUCGAGGAUGCAGGUGGCAGUGUGUAUGACUUUGAGGGCAAAGAUUACAAAACUCUGAGUGGAUCGACUACAAGUAAUACCCGGGGUGGCGCAGCAUUCUUCGAUAUCGGUAAACGAGAGACUUCCAGGGUGACCACAUACAACGAAUCGGAGAUGGGCAGAGUAGAGACCGCUCCCAAGGUACACGUUGCCCGUGUUCCCAAGGCUCCAAAGAGUAUCACAACCGAACCGCACCAGUUCUACGACCCCAGGUUACUGGAGCUCUUACAGAAGGAGAGAUACAACCACUGGCGCGAGGUGGAUUACAAACAAGUUCCGACAGGCACUGCACUCGACGAAGAUUGGGACGAGCAAGAGGCGGAGUGUGCACGUAUCCAAGCCCUUAUUGAUGUGGCUGAACCGCUUACCGAAGAGGAGCAGGCCGAGAAAAUAAAGUUAGAGUCUAGUGGGUUCAGUGAUUGGGGUAAGGGUGAUUUCAGAACUUUCAAGACCUCAUGUGCCAGGCAUGGACGCAAAGACUACAACGCAAUUGCUGAAGAUAUGAAGGUAAUUGAUCCAGUGCAGAUAUAUAGUGCAGGACAUCAGUUGUAUCUCAAUUCUGAUGUCAGCCUUGGGCAUGUUCAGUACGAGUGUGAAUUUUGCGUGUCUAUCUGUGUGUAG